AUGGACAUAUUGGAGGAGUCUUCUGAGAGGCAGCUGACAUAUGCAGUGCAAAAUGAUCUCAUCGAUACCAAGUAUGACUUUGAUCGCUACAAGGGAGGUGAAGAGAGAGUGGGCUGGCUCAUCAAUAUGCACCCGACGGAAAUUCUUGAUGAGGACAAGCGUUUGGUCAGUGCAGUUGAUUACUAUUUUAUUGAAGAAACAGGUGCUCGAUUCAAAGCUACUCUGCCAUAUCGCCCUUACUUUUAUAUAUUACCCAAAGAAGGAUCCACCCAAGAAGUGACUGCCUUUCUUAGCAAGCGCUUUGCUGGAAUAAUCACUUCUAUUGACCCUGUUGCAAAGGAAGACUUAGAUCUGCCCAACCAUUUGAUAGGACUCCAGCAAACAUACCUGAAGUUGUCAUUCAUGACUGUGAAUGACUUGGUUAAGGUGCGCAAAGAAAUCAUGCCUGCUGUCCGAAAAAAUCGGGAACAGGAGAAGGCUUUAAAUCCCUAUGAAGCAGUGACUGGUGACCGUAGGGCUAGGAACAAUCCUGUAAACAAGGCAUCUGACCAUAGGGAGAACAUUAUUGACAUCAGGGAAUGUGAUGUCCCAUAUCAUGUACGGGUUUCCAUCGACCUGAAAAUCUUUGUUGGCCUCUGGUACUCUGUGCGCAUCAUCAGGAAUAAGAUUCCAGAGAUCAAGAGAGUAGAUCUGGUUGAACCUCCAGAUUGCAUUGUCCUUGCCUAUGACAUUGAAACUACUAAACUUCCACUGAAGUUCCCUGAUGCAAAUACUGAUCAAGUGAUGAUGAUAUCAUAUAUGAUUGAUGGCCAGGGAUAUCUGAUCACAAACCGAGAAGUUGUAGCUGAUGAUAUUGAAGACUUUGAGUUCACCCCAAAACCAGAAUUUGAGGGGCACUUCACUAUUUUCAAUGAACCUGAUGAAAUGUCACUCUUACAGAGGUUCUUUGAUCAUAUUUUGGAUGUUAAGCCCCACAUUUUUGUCACCUACAAUGGUGAUUUCUUUGAUUGGCCUUUUGUUGAGGCACGAGCAGCUUUCCAUGGGUUAGAUCUUUUUCGAGAGAUUGGGUUCUCCAAAAACAGAGACGGAGUCUACAGUAGCCGCCCAGCAUCACACAUGGACUGCUUCUGCUGGGUGAAACGGGAUUCUUAUCUACCAGCUGGCUCCCAUGGUCUUAAGGCUGUUGCUAAGGCCAAGUAUGACCCAGUGGAAUUGGAUCCAGAAGACAUGGUUCCACUUGCAGCUUCUGAUCCUCAGCGAUUGGCUUCAUAUGCUGUCUCUGAUGCACUUGCGACCUAUAGCCUCUACAUGAAAUAUGUCCAUCCUUUCAUAUUUGCUCUUUGCACCAUCAUUCCAAUGGAACCUGAUGAAGUCUUACGGAAGGGGUCAGGAACUUUGUGUGAAGCUCUCCUCAUGGUUCAAGCAUUUGCUGCUAAUAUAAUCUUUCCAAAUAAGCAAGAAUCAAUUCUAAAUAAAUUGACACCUGAUGGGCAUGUCCUGGAUCAAGAGACAUAUGUUGGAGGUCAUGUUGAGGCACUGGAGUCUGGCAUAUUUCGUGCUGACCUUCCUUGCAGGUUUCGAAUGGUGCCUGAGGCAUUUCAGACGUUGGCAGAUAAAGCAUGGCACACAAUGGCGCAUGCUAUUACUGAGGAAGAAGGUAUUCCCCUUGAUGAUGUUGAGAAUCUUAAUGAGGUUGUAGAAGAUAUUGUGAAGAAGCUUCACGAUCUCAGGGACACAUCUUCUCGAGUGGAAAAUCCUAUAAUUUACCACUUGGAUGUUGGGGCCAUGUACCCAAACAUCAUUUUGACAAACAGACUGCAGCCCUCUGCAAUUGUAGAUGAGGCAAUAUGUGCCGCAUGCAACUUCAAUCGUCCUGGUGCUCGUUGUCAGCGAACUUUACCAUGGAGCUGGCGUGGAGAAAUCAUGCCAGCUAGCCGCAGUGAACUUCAGAGAAUACGUCAGCAGUUGGAAUGUGAAAGGUUCCCCCCAUUGGAGCCAGGUGGUCAGCCUCGCCCCUUUCAUAACCUGAGCAAAGAGGAACAAGCUCAGAUUGAGAAGAAGCGGCUGGCUGAAUAUUGUCGUCGUGUAUAUCGCAAGGCCCAUGUUACCAGGACAGAGACCAGGCACACCACCAUCUGUCAGCAAGAAAACAGCUUUUAUGUGGAUACUGUGCGAGCUUUCAGGGAUCGGAGAUACCAUUAUAAAGGACUCCAUAAGGAUGCCAAGAAGCAGGUGACAGAGGCCUUGGAAAAGGGUGAUUCAGCAGCUAUUAAAUCUGCUAAGAGUCGUGAAGUCCUAUAUGACUCUCUUCAGUUGGCCCACAAAUGCAUUCUAAACUCAUUCUAUGGUUAUGUCAUGCGAAAGGGUGCUCGAUGGUACAGCAUGGAGAUGGCAGGGAUUGUUUGCUACACUGGAGCUAGCAUCAUCACUAGAGCUCGAGAGAUCAUUGAGCAAAUUGGUCGUCCCUUGGAACUGGAUACAGAUGGGAUUUGGUGUGUCCUUCCUGCAUCCUUCCCAGAGAAUUACACUAUCCAUACACGCAAUGUAAAGAAGCCCAAGGUCACAAUCUCUUAUCCAGGUGCCAUGCUCAACAUAAUGGUGAAGGAACACUACACAAAUGACCAAUAUCAUGAACUGACAGACCCUUCCACACACAAAUAUUCAAUUCGCAGUGAAAACUCCAUCUUCUUUGAAGUAGAUGGUCCUUAUCUUGCUAUGGUUCUACCAGCUGCCAAAGAAGAAGGAAAAAAGUUGAAAAAGCGUUAUGCUGUCUUCAACUUUGAUGGCUCCAUGGCAGAACUGAAGGGGUUUGAGGUGAAGAGGCGAGGAGAGUUGCAGCUAAUCAAGAUUUUCCAGUCCUCUGUAUUUGAUUCUUUUCUCCAUGGGGUUACUCUGAGUGAAUGCUAUCAGGCUGUUGCCAAGGUGGCAGACUACUGGUUGGAUGCUGCCAACAUGCCUGACUCUGAGUUGGCAAUUCCUUUGACCAUCUUCCAAGCUGAGCCCAGUGUGAAAAGGCAUUUCCUCCGCAAGUGGCUUCAUGAUUACUCACUAAUGGAUCCAGAUAUCCGUGAGAUCUUGGAUUGGGAUUAUUACAUUGAACGACUUGGAGGCACCAUUCAGAAGAUUAUUACAAUUCCUGCUGCACUCCAGGGGGUGAGCAAUCCUGUGCCACGAGUGGCUCACCCAGAUUGGCUUCACAAACGUCUUCUUGAGAAGAAUGAUUCCUUAAAACAGCGACGAAUCAAUGAGAUGUUUCUGUCUAUGCCGAAGCCUAUUAGAGGAGGGCCAGAUGAUGAAUUGCAAUCUCAACAAAAAGAGACUGCUGAAAUCUCAGAAUCUCCUCAGGUGAAUGACAUGGAAGACUUUGGGAAGAAACGCAUGAAUGGAGAAAAUGAUGUUCGACCCAUAAUCCCUGUGAGACGAAAGGCUUCUGAAAAAGUAGACCAACAAUCACUACCUGCUCGCAACUGGAGGGAUGCUCUGGGCCUGCCUCCACGAAUGGGGAAAAGCAGG